AUGGGUCCACCGAUCAAGGGCCGGGAGAAGCGGACUGCUGUCACGUAUUCAUUCCUCAGCCAUCACACGGACGCUUCUGCCACAGAAUUGGGCAGCGAUCUACGAGUUGACAAGGGUGUUGAGGAUGUCCUAAAGGAGCAUGGCGUGGCACUCAACACGAUUGACGAGACCAUCUGGAGUCAUGCACAAAUCGAUCACAUCAGACAGGCCUCCCUUCUCAACUGGGGUACUAAAUUGGUCGUUGGACCCGGAAUCAAGGAGGCCCUCUACUCCGGUCUGCCCUUCGUGAAGGAAGCCCCUAUUUGGCAGCACGAGUUCCUCGGUCGGAAAGUGGAAGGACUUAGACCGUAUGAAUUCAACCUGGAGAUCGGAGGCCUCAAAGCGCUCGACUACUUCAACGAUGGCAGUUUCGAUCUCCUCUCCGCGCCAGGACAUGCCCUCGGUCAUCUUGAAUGCCCUGGCCCGCACCACCGAGGACACCUUCAUCUAGUUCGCAGGGACAGCGUCGACCAGCUUUCGGCACUGUGGACCCCUUCACCCUCUGACCUUUCCAAAUAUGUGCACGUGCCGAGUCGCAGUUGCCCCGGUGCCGCGCUCCGCGCAAGGGCAAAAAGUCCCAAGCCAGAACAUCGCAGCGAGGCGCCGUCGUUGGAGAAAGAGGCUGCUGCUCGCGAGAUCCUCCCGCCACAAACCUCCAAGGUCUACAUUUGA